AUGCACACCACGCCGUGCACCGUGCCCCACGUCAGCUGCGCCGCCUGCGACGUCUGCAUCACGUGCAGCUCCGACUACAGCCUGUACUCGCCGCGCGCGGUGUGCAUCCCGUGCAGCCUGUACCAGUGCACGGCGCGGGACUCGGAGUGCGGCGCGUGCCCCUCGCACAGCCACAGCGCGCACAAUCCGCCCCACAAGCAGUGCGCCCCGCAGGCGCUGUGCAUGACUUGCAGUGACCACUACAUGCAGUGUCUUUCAUGUUCCAUGUACGCCAUUCAGUACGAACGAAACGGACCCAGCAAGCCUCAUACGCAGCAUCUGGCGCCGGGGCUGUACGCCUCUCGCGCAGUGUGCAGCACGUGCAGCGCUCAGCACGUCCAGUGCUUCUCGUGUACCGUCUGCUUCACAUGCAGCGUUAACCACGUGCAGCGGCCUCCGACCGCGCUGUGGCAGUGCAGCGCCCACCACGUGCAGUGUGCCGCCUGCGCCGUGUGCAUCACCUGCAACGUGGGCGCGCGGGUGCUGCACUGUUCCCGAACCAUCAGCAUCGGUAUGAGCGAAAAAUGUGCGGCGAGAUGUCCGAGGUAUGACGAGGACUCCAUCACUAGGAAGAUAAUGACAUUCUCUUCCAUCUCCUCGCCGAUUGGUCAGUUAGCUGUGACAUCAUCGGCCCAGCUCCUUCUGGUAGGUCGAACGCCCACUGACGUCAUUCUGAGGUCAUGCGCUGGCACGCUUGGAGCACUGAAACAACCCGAGGUUAAUAAUCGUGCAAAUGAUAUCCCUAAGGAUCUGGAAUUAUCCCAUUUACACGAUCCGGACUGGGAUCAGCAGCUGGGGAGUGACGCCGGAGCAGGUGGAGCAGAGCAGCUGUUAUUUCUGAUGGGGGGAUCCCCCCCAUGCUGGACCUCUGUGGAGCCGGAACUUCCCCUUGGCUCAGCGGAAGACGAGUUGUGGCAGUUGCUAGAUGUGAUUCAGAGGAAGGGCACGAGGCUGAGAAAUGAACUCGAGCGUGCGGAGCGUGUAGAGAGGGAACGUGUGAGUCAGCCUCCCCAUCAGCCCACCAGCUCUGCAUCUGACCCCCCUCUGGCUUCACCCAGGCCUCAUCCUGCAUACCGAGACCUGUGGCCUCACUCUCUCCCUGGGCCCUUGGGAGUCUACCCUUCCAGAGGGGAGUUCCUACCACCACCUCCUCCUGUGGCAACACCUGUGGGUUUGGGAGUUGAAGCAGAAGCUUGGGCUGCUGUAGAACGGCUGCGGCAAGACCGGCAGUACCUUGUGGGCAGGGUAUCGUGGGCAGAGGCAGAGGCUGCAGCAUCGCACCAACGGCUCCUUGACCUCCAUGACCAGCUUAUGGCUCUUGCGGGCGACAAGCGACGCCUCGAGGAACAGGUCCGGGCUCUCAGAUUAGACCCCAGAUUAGACCCUAGACUUGAUCCUAGAAUAGAUCCUAGAGUGGAUCCACGGGUGGAGAUGAGGAAUGAUCUGAAUCUCCAGUUUGUGAAAACCAACGGUGUGCGUCGAGAUGGACCAGCCUCCACAGGCGGCAUUGUGCACAGUGUGAUGGGAGGUGUCAACACUGUCCAUAUUGUCAGUGAUAAUACCACUUCUACCACCACCUCACCCUCCACCUUUUCCUCAAAGUCUCGCCGAUAUCCACCCUCAGUCACUGUAAGUGUUGCGGGGGAAGUUCCAGAUGAUGCCCAGGCAAUGAUGGGGGGAGGAGGAAGAAGUGGGAGGAUGUACCGCAGUGCGUCCAGUGUGAGGAUCAACAGUGAGAGGGAUGUGGUGCUUCCACGUGUUCUUAAGGUUCCUAUCAAGGAUCGGUCACAGCGCCACAGCUCAAGCAGAGAAGCAGGAAGGGAUGCUGGCACUUCAUCACACAGGGAAGGCAGCACCAGCAAGGACCAUCUUCAGCCUAGCACCAACAAGGAUGCAACUUCCACAAAGGAUGCGACUAGCCCAGCCACAGUGUCUGUUCCCUCGAGCACAGAAGUGAGAAAGGGGAGUGACCGAGUUGUGAUUGAACGGGAGCGAAGAGCUGGCCGUGCCGAUGGAGGACUUAGCAUGCCUGUGAGCCUUCUCAAAGGGGUGAAAAUCAAAGUUCAGCCCAACAAACAGAGGAUUUCAGCCAUUCUUCGUGAAAAGGAUGUGCUGGAACUCCAGCGCCAGCUUCUUACCACUGUCAUGGAGACUGAGGUGCUGAAGAAGCAGAUUGAGACUGCAAGCGAGGAGUGGGUGAGCAAGACUGCUGAGUGGGAGACAGAACAACGUCAGAAUCACGCUACCAUCACUAGUCUGCGUCAAGAAAACCUCGGGCUGAAGACGCAGCUGGAGGAGUGUGAGAGGACUUCGCCGGGCCAAAAGGAUGCAAGUGUGGGUGCCCACCCAUUGCUGCACACUGUAGCAACCAUGACAGACAGUGGAGAUGCAGAGAGUGUGGAAGCUGCCACACACACUGUCCACCCUGGGCCCAACAUCAAGUACGAUGUGGUGGUCCAUCAAGAGGACACACGGCAUGCAGAGACCAACAAUAACACCAUGAGUGGUUCUACACUAGAGUCUGGAGGUCGCAAGGCUCCCCCCACUGUAGAGAAACCACCACGACGUAGCCGAGAAGUUCGGACUUCCUCCUCAGUUGGCUCUUGGAGCUCUCACCACACCACACACUCUGUUAGCAGCCACAGGGAGUCUUCAGGCUCUGAGGUCUCUGGAGGGCGGGAGUCUGUAGGACGGGGAGCUGGACCCCGCAGUAGGCCUGGGCUGGCAUCAGGACGCUCCACCCCCACAGCUACUCCCCGGUCAUCGCCUGCUCCAAGCAUUAACACAAGGACGGCAACAAGUAGAAACACCCUGCAGGAGGGAGCACGAGCCAGCCCCCUGGGACGGAGCACCAGCAGUGUGGCUGCCAGCGGGCGAGUAGCUGUGGGUCGCCGAGACUCCCUCAAGGCACCACAGGGAAGCACGAAUGGCAACGGGAAGAGCAGUAAUGGGGCGGGUGGCCAGCACAAGAAUUCCUCGGUGUUCCUCGGGGACAAAAGCUGUAUCAACAAGCCAGGCUCCAUAAGAGAGGGAGAUGGUGAGGGAUCAAGCCCAGCGACUGCGUCUUCAAGCCUCGACUCCUGUGGUCCUCCCCUGGCCCUGUCCGAUCUCAAGAGCCCAAGCCCAGGUUCCUCUCCUGUAGUAUCAGCACCUCAGAAGAAGCUGUUUGUCUUGUUGGAAGGACAAGAGGAAUCAAGCCACGUGGGUGAUGAAAUCAGGAAAGCAGGUGCGGAAGAGGUUAAGUGCAAGUGACCUCUACAACAAAGAAGAUUGUGCCUCAAAUGACAGUGUGCAGAACAACCUGUGGCUAGAAUCUGGUACUGGAAUUUUAAACAAAGACAAGAACAGUGAGACCAUCAUGUCAGAGCUGAAGUUGUCCAACCUCAAA